GAGAUGCAGAGCAGGAUGCAGGGUGGCCUGGCGGGGAGCUGGGCUCCUCUGGGCCUGCUCCUGGCCUGUCUUCAUCUCCCAGGCCUCUUUGCUCGGAGCAUCAGUGUGGCGGAGGAGAAAGUUUCCCGAGACGUGGGGGUCAACUUGCCUCUGCCUGGACAACCUUCCUUGACCGGCCCCUCCAACUCCGAACAUCCUCCUCCCAAACCAGACCUGGACCCUAAUGAUUUAGCAAAGGCUUCUCUGAAACCUGAUGCUUCUCCAUCAUUUGACUCUCUACUUGCAGGAGGUUCUGGGGUGCAGAGGUGGCCCCCAUCCGGGGGGCUGCCCUCUGAGGAUUCCUGGUCCUCGGAGGACCCUUGGCCGAUGAUGGCUGCUGCGGCUGAGGACCACGUGGGCGAAGUGCUGCCCGAGGAACUGUCUUACCUUUCUAGUGGGUUCGCCCUCCCUCGGGGCGGGGGGCCUGUGCCUCCACACUCUGCAGACCCCUCGGCCGAGGCUUCACUCCUCCACCAGGACUCCGAGUCUCGACGGCUACCCCGUUCUAACGUGCUGGGAGCCCGGGGAGAAAUCCUUGCCCGACACCCACUCUGGUCUCUCAUCAACAGGAUUCGACGGCCAUUUCUGCCUGGUUACCCCUGGGGGACCCUGAGUCCCAGUGUGUCCUGGGGAGGUGGAGGUCCUGGAACUGGAUGGGGCACAAGGCCCAUGCCAUACCCUGUGGGAAGCUGGGGUAACAGCAAUCAAUACCCAAGUACUAGCUGGGGGACCAUUAAUCGAUACCCAGGUAUCAGCUGGGGGAAUAUCCUUCGGUACCCAGGCAUUAAUCAAUUUCCUCCCAGAGUUCUUCGUCCUCCUGGCUCUUCUUGGAGCAUCCCAGCUGGCUUUCCCAAUCCUCAAAACCCUGGGUCACAGUGGAGUUAGGAGAUGGGGGCCCUAGGUUGGAAGUCAGGGAAGAAAGUCCCGUCCCCACCCCCUGCAAUGUGAGCUAAAUCAAGAUCCUACCAGCUGUUUUUGGCCUUAUGCUCACUUUUCCCUGCCUCC